AGAGAGAGAGAUGUCGAAGCAGCAUGAGCCAGCGUCUGAUUCCCACAGCAACACAGUAGCAGUUCAAGCCACAAACGACGACGCUUCGGCCAGUAAACUGUCCUGUGUCAAAAAGGGGUACAUGAAAGAUGACUACAUUCACUUGUUUGUUAGAAGACCCGUGAGGAGAUCUCCGAUUAUUAACCGCGGUUACUUUUCCCGUUGGGCUGCUCUUCGGAAGCUGCUCUUUCAGUUUCUUGACUGUGAAGGAGGUACAGACAACAAGGGUAACACAAAGAAACAAAUAUUAUCAAUUGGAGCUGGAUUCGAUACAACAUUUUUUCAGUUACAGGAUGAGGGGAAAGUACCAUAUCUAUAUGUGGAGCUGGAUUUCAAGGAGGUAACUAGUAAAAAGGCGGCGUUCAUUGAAAGCUACAGUCAGUUGAGGGACAAAGUUGGUGCAUCAGCAUCAAUCUCCCGAGAGAAAGGAGAAGUGCUUAGUGAUCACUACAAGUUACUCCCCAUUGAUCUGCGUGAUUUGCAAAAAUUAGAUGAUGUCAUAGCUUUGGCUGAUAUGGAUCCCAGUCUGCCAACAUUUAUCAUUGCAGAGUGUGUUUUAAUAUACUUGGACCCAGAUUCAACGCGUGGUAUCGUUGGCUGGGCUGCAAAAUCAUUUUCUACGGCAAUAUUUUUCUUAUAUGAGCAGAUCCAUCCAGAUGAUGCUUUUGGACAGCAAAUGAUCAGAAAUUUGGAGAGUCGAGGCUGUGCGCUCCUGGGGCUUCAUGCUACACCAACUUUACUUGCAAAGGAAAAACUCUUUCUUGACCAGGGAUGGCAGAGGGCAGUUGCUUGGGACAUGCUGAGAGUUUAUAGUAAUUUUAUUGAAGCUCAGGAACGGCGAAGGAUUGAACGGCUGGAAUUGUUCGAUGAAUUUGAAGAGUGGCACAUGAUGCAGGAGCACUACUGCGUGGCUUAUGCAAUCAACGAUGCCAUGGGUCUGUUUGGGGAUUUUGGUUUUCCUAACAACCAGCAACACGUGCCUAACUCCUCACCUGCAUCGCCAUGAGUAGAAGAAACAGUGAAGCUCGUGACUGACACGUGCCAAUUCAGCAACUGUGUGUGGGGGUUUUUGGUCAAGUAAAGAAGGAUCUCUUAUUAUAAAGCCUCAACUACUAGUUGUCUCCAAAAGGAUGAUGAUUUGUGUGGAACUGUGUUUUUGUUUCUUUUUUCAUAGAAAACAGAUCUUUUUUAUUUUAUAUAUUAUUUUUAUUUCCCUUA